GAGAUAGACGACAUCACCAUGGCGGAUCGCGAGAACAGGGAAUACGACGACGCCGAGGGCUCACCCGAUCCGGCGUUGCUGUAUACGAAGGAAUACUGCAUUGGUUGGUUUACCUCGCCCCAGAAACGGUUCCAUGCUAUGGGAAGACACCGCCAGCUGAUAGAAACCCAGGCGGAGGAAGCUUUGGCAAGGUCUACAAAGGGGUGGACAAGCGCACAGGCCAGGCCGUUGCCAUCAAAGUGAUCGACAUAGAGAGUGCUG